UAUGCCUCCGGCUACACGCUUCUGUUACAAAACCAACUAGCUUUCCGUCCUGAUCAGCAAUCUUCUUCCAUUUUUUAGGAGAACUGCGAAAACUGCUUCAUUUCCCCGCUUGACCAGUACUGCAUAUUGUCUCUCUAAAGUUUGAAGGUCUCAGCAAGUUUUCGAAGUGCUUGCAAUGGCUCUUGACGCUGGGCGGAUACAGAAGGAGCUUAGGGAAAUUGAGCGAGACACGGCUUCUGGCGUCACUGUUAAGUUGAAGGGCACAUCCCUGCAACAGCUCGUAGGCUACGUCCCGGGUCCCAAAGACACGCCUUACGAGGGCGGCCUGUUCGUCGUGGAUAUAACGCUGGAGAAUUCCUACCCGUUCGUGCCGCCAAAGAUGAAGUUUGUCACGAAGGUGUGGCACCCCAAUGUGAGCAGUCAGAGCGGCGCCAUCUGCCUGGACAUCCUCAAAGACCAGUGGAGCCCCGCGCUGACGCUCAAGACGGCGCUACUCAGCCUGCAGGCGCUGCUGUCCUCACCGCAGCCGGAUGACCCGCAGGACGCUGUGGUUGCCAAGCAGUACAUCAACGACUACGAGACGUACAAGAAAACGGCGCGGUACUGGACGGAGGCGUUCGCGAGCCCCACCGCGGGGGCGCCCGAGGACAAGAUCAAGAGCAUCGUGGAAAUGGGCUUCGACCGCGCAUCAGCCAUCGCUGCCCUACAGGAGACCGGCGGGGACACCAACGCGGCGUUAGAAAAGCUGCUUGGGCAAUAGCAGCGGAGGCUUAUGUGCGCACGGGUUGUGCCGCUGUCUGUUAGUAGCCAAGGGAACUUUGCCGGGAGGGCUUGCUCGUCUGGUGCAUGCUUGGCGGCGGCUUGGUUGAGGCCGAUGGGCCUGGAGUGCGGGAGGCGUGUAAAGAUGGAUGUAGCGGUGAAGAGGGGGCGGUACUGUGACGGCUGCCUGGCGUUUCCUAAGGCUCCUACCGAGGCGUCCAGAGUGGCGCCGUGCUCCGAGUGGUGUAUGUCUGAGGCGCUGCCUUCCUCCCUAGGCGUCUCGUACGAGUACCUGUCCUACGAUGGGCGCGCGGGUGGCUUCUUGCUGAGCCGCAUCAUAUGGAGAUCCGAACCGGUGCCGUGUUCACCCCUGUUCGCACGUGUUCGCGCUGACUUGCUGGUGUUGCAGGCGUGUGUCUGUGAGGUACUGCGCGACAUGGUGCUGGCCGCACGACCGGGUUACAAUGCCGCUGGUGUGUCGGUAGCACUGCGUGCGCAUGACGGGGGCUUUCGUCGUCGCAGUUUGGAGUCUCGAUCCUUUUGCAGACAAACCAGUCCCUACGGAAAGGGCGUCGAUUGCGCAACCAUUGCUGGGUUAAAUGGUCGGGGUCGGCAAUGCUGCGCGGGUUACGCAUCAUUCGCCAUCAGGUGGACCAAAAAUGGUUACAAGAGGCAGAUCUGGCUCACGGCCCACACAAAAACGCGCACCUCCCUGCAUGGCCUAUCCUUGCACCCCCACCCGCAGUCAGCCGGAGAGCAAAAACUGAUUGCGGGUGGGGGAAGACGUACUUCAUCCAUUACCCGUGAAGUACUGAGCAUCUCC